AGGGAGGACGGACUGGAUCGAGUAGAUCCGCUUCGAGGAAAAAGGGGCAGAUCCGGGAUCAGUUCCUCUCGGUCGCUCGGCUCGGUUCCGUUCCGCCGGGUUCUGCUGGGUUUUUAAGGGACUUGUAAAGGCGAGCCGGAGGAAGAAGGGAGGACGCGGAAGAGGAGGAGGAAAGUGCAGAGAAGAGGAGGAAGAUGCCGCUGGCGCAGCUGGCCGACCCCUGGCAGAAGCUGCCGGGGGGAGAACAGGAAGCGCACCACGACCCUGAGGACCUGGUCAGCGAGGACGACUCACUUCCUGCCUGCACCGACGAGGAGCCGGUGAAGGAGAUCAACAUCACGCACCACGUGAAGGAGGGAUCGGAGCGCGCCGACCCGCGGCAGUUCGAGCUGCGCAAGGUCCUGGGCCAGGGCUCCUUCGGCAAGGUGUUCCUGGUGAGGAAGGUGACGGGGCCCGACGCCGGGCAGCUCUACGCCAUGAAGGUCCUGAGGAAAGCCACGCUGAAAGUGAGGGACCGGGUCCGGACCAAGAUGGAGAGAGACAUCCUGGUUGAGGUCAACCACCCCUUCAUCGUCAAGCUGCACUACGCGUUCCAGACGGAGGGGAAGCUCUACCUGAUCCUGGACUUCCUCCGGGGGGGCGACCUGUUCACUCGACUGUCCAAGGAGGUGAUGUUCACGGAGGAAGACGUGAAGUUCUACCUGGCCGAGCUGGCUCUGGCUCUGGACCACCUGCACGGGCUCGGCAUCAUCUACCGGGACCUGAAGCCUGAGAACAUCCUGCUGGACGACGACGGACACAUCAAGCUAACCGACUUCGGGCUCAGUAAGGAGUCCAUCGACCAGGAGAACAAGGCCUACUCCUUCUGCGGGACGGUGGAGUACAUGGCCCCGGAGGUGGUGAACCGGCGAGGACACACGCACAGCGCCGACUGGUGGUCCUACGGAGUUCUGAUGUUCGAGAUGCUGACCGGGACGCUGCCGUUCCAGGGCAAGGACCGGAAAGAGACCAUGACCAUGAUCCUCAAGGCCAAGCUGGGGAUGCCCCAGUUCCUGAGCCUGGAGGCCCAGAGUCUCCUCCGGAACCUGUUCAAGCGGAACCCGGGAAACAGAUUAGGAGCCGGGCCGGACCGGGUGGAGGAGAUCAAGAGGCACCAGUUCUUCAGCACCAUCGACUGGAACAAACUGCACCGCCGGGAGCUCCACCCGCCCUUCAAACCAGCGCCGGGUCGACCCGACGACACCUUCUACUUCGACCCCGAGUUCACGGCUAAAACUCCCAGAGACUCCCCGGGCGUUCCCCCCAGUGCCAACGCCCACCAGCUCUUCAGAGGCUUCAGCUUCGUGGCCAUAACGGAGGAGGAGACGCAGCCGCUGCCCAACACCAUCCUACCGCAAAUCUCCCGGAGCAGCGCCCAGUUCUCAGACGUCUAUGAGACCAAAGAGGACAUCGGCAAAGGUUCCUACUCCGUCUGCAAGCGCUGCGUCCACAAGGCCACCGGCAUGGAGCACGCCGUCAAGAUCAUCAACAAGGCCAAGAAGGACCCGGCGGAGGAGGUGGACAUCCUGCUGAGAUACGGACAACACCCCAACAUCAUCACCCUCAAGGAGGUGUACGAGGACGGGCGCUCGCUGUUCCUGGUGACGGAGCUGAUGAAGGGCGGAGAGCUGCUGGACAAGAUCCUGCGGCAGAAGUUCUUCUCCGAGAGAGAAGCCAGCGCCGUUCUGUUCACCAUCACCAGGACCCUGGAGUACCUGCACGUGCAGGGGGUGGUGCACCGGGACCUGAAGCCCAGCAACAUCCUGUACGUGGACGAGAGCGGGAACGCCGAGUCCAUCCGGAUCUGCGACUUCGGCUUCGCCAAGCAGCUGCGGGCCGAGAACGGGCUGCUGAUGACGCCGUGCUACACCGCCACCUUCGUGGCCCCCGAGGUGCUGAAGAAGCAGGGCUACGAUGCUGCCUGUGACAUCUGGAGUCUGGGAGUUCUGCUGUACACCAUGCUGACCGGCGUGACCCCGUUCUCCAACGGCCAGGAGGACGACACCCCGGAGAAGAUCCUGUCCCGGAUCGGCAGCGGCCAGUUCUCCCUCAGCGGCGGCUACUGGGACUCGGUGUCCCUGGAGGCCAAGGACCUGGUCUCCAAGAUGCUGCACGUGGACCCCAGCCAGCGACUGACGGCCAGCCAGGUGCUGCGGCACCCGUGGGUGACGCACCGGGACCAGCUGCCGCGCUACACGCUGAACCGGCACGACGCGCCGCACCUCGUCAAGGGCGCCAUGGCGGCCACCUACUCGGCCCUGAGCAGGAAGGUUUCCCCGGUGCUGGAGCCGGUGGGCUCCUCCACCCUGGCCCAGCGCAGGGGGCUGAAGAAGAUCGCCUCCACCGCUCUGUGACCCACACCCGCCUCCACCGCCCUGUGACCCCCGUCACCUCCACCUGCCUCCACCGCCCUGUUACCCCCCCUCCCCCCGUCACCUCUGACCUCCAUCUGCCACUGCCGGACCCCCACCCCCCCGCCGGUCCGGUGGGACAGACUACUGAUGGACUUGGCACCUGCUAACGCCAAAUAGGAGCACAAAGACCCCCCCAUCCGCCCCCCAUCCGCCCCGUACUGCACCUUAACGGGCUCUUGUGAUUGGAUCUCAGCUUCGGCAUCGCAGAUCCGCAGCUGCACUGAGACGCAAAUAAAGAAAUCUGUGGACUUCCCCGCGCCGCCGAGUCCUCCGGCAGCGGUUUUGCUUCGGACAAUCAGCCGCGCCUCGCAGAUCCAGAGGCCGAGCACCCGUCAGGAACACAAAAGUACUGUAUUUAUUUACUUCAAGCGGGAAGAUUAUAGGCAGAAUGCAUUUUAAAGAGCUAGGCCCGCCGUUGCGCCGGCUCUGCGUAGCGUUUCAACCUCAAGUAGCCUCCGAGACGCCGCCGUCUGCAGGGACACAGAAGAUGACCCCAAACAUCACUUAGUUUUUGUGGGUAAACAGAGGUUUCUAGUAUUUUAAGAUUCAGGAGAAAAACACAAGCAAAGAACAAAGAACAUAAGCUGUUGAGCUGAGAUGCAACAUCAGAACAUCAGAACUGGGAUUCGCCGAAACCCUGAAAAUACAACUUAUCCUGCCUUUUCAUUUCCGUGCAGAAAGCUGAGCGGCACUCUUCUGCCCCCUGGUGGCCACCGAAGGGUCGCGCGCCUCGGAUUGUGAAACACACUCUGGACACUUUUUGUUUUCUAAUUUAAUGUUUUUUAAGUGGGACCACUGUCGGUGUUACUCUGGACCGCCUGCGCUCAGAUUUAACGCCUUUUAUUUGACUUGUGAUGAACCAGAUUGAUGCAAAAGAGGAAAAAAAAAAGGUCUAAAUCUGAGGCGCUGCGGCAUGCUGGGAGCUUGGAGACGAGCUCCAAACAUUUGGCUUCGCCAGGAGAUUAAUGUGACAUUUUAGCAAUUAUGUUUUAAUGAAAAAUGUAUAUUAUCACCAUAUUUUACCUUAAAAACGUCCUUUAAAAUUUUUUUGAAGCACUUCAAUUAGAUUACAUUUCUUGAAAUUGGGCAUCUUUAAAAAAUAACACCUGUGACUUUGAAACGGCAUUAUGAAUGACUUUAUAAAGUAGCUUUUUCUGUGUAUGUAUGUUUUUCAUCACCAAAACUUGUCCUGAUAAAUCAGUAUAUUCUUCUUUUUAAAGUUGGAAAAUUCAAAAGAAAAAUAAUUCAGGUUUAAAUUUUCUCUUAAGCUUUUCAAAUAUUUUUAAAGCCACUCUAUGUAAGAUAGCUCACUAGAAAGUCAGUGUAGACGCAACAAUGUGUAGCGGUACUACUACAUAGGGUGGCUUUAAAAUUGCAGGACAGAAAAUGGCAACUUGCUUAGAUACGGCUUAAUGAUUAAAUUCUUGUCAAGUUAUGAUCCAAACAAGCGCUGGUUCUGUUUCUGUCACCGCAGCUCUGAGACUAUCAAAGAAAUUCAGUAAAAGCUUUGGAAAACUAAAAAAGGUGCUUUCCUGGAUCACCAACGGGAACUUCCCCUUCAGCCGAUGUGUUUUUACAAAGAUGAGACUCUGAGCUAAAGGGACACCUCGCUGGUCCGGUAGCGGCUGGAACUGGAGGACACUAAGCAAACGGGGGAUGUUGUAAGGAUGAAAAAAAGGGAUAGGGGGCAGGGAUUUGAGAUUCCCGCUUCCAUAAAGCAUCACCUGAUCUGGGAACAGCGUUGGACCUCCUGUGUGUGCCGACUGACGUCUCUGUACUCGCAGGACUGUAAACUCAGGGUUCACCAAUAAACGAGAUGCAUCUUUAACAUCCAGGAGGAGGGAGCGUCUGCAGGGAGUGUUCCUAGGGAGCGUUCAAAGGGAUUGUUCCUAGGCAGCGUUCGAAGGGAUUGUUCCUAGGGAGCGUUCGUAGGGAGAGUUCGCAAGGAUCGUUUGCAAGGAUCGUUCCUAGGGAGUGUUUCUAGGGAACGUUCCUAGGGAGAGUUCCUUAGGAGCGUUGCUAGGGAGAGUUCCUAGUGAGAGUUCCUAGGGAGCGUUCCUUGGGAGAGUUCCUAGUAAGAGUUCCUAGGGAGCGUUCCUUGGGAUCGUUCCUAGAGAGUGUUUCUAGGGAACGUUCCUAGGGAGAGUUCCUUGGGAGCGUUCCGAGGGAUUGUUCCUAGGGAGCGUUCGAAGGGAUUGUUCCUAGGGAGCAUUCCUUGGGAACGUUUGAAGGGAUUGUUCCUAGGGAGCGUUCCUUGGGAACGUUUGAGGGGAUUGUUCCUAGGGAGCGUUCCUUGGGAACGUUUGAAGGGAUUGUUCCUAGGGAGAGUUCGAAGGGAUUGUUCCUAGGGAGUGUUCGCAGGGAUCGUUCCUAGGGAGCGUUUGCAGGGAGAGUUCGCAAGGAUCGUUCCUAGGGAGAGUUCCUUGGGAUUGUUCCUUGGGAGCGUUCCUAGGGAGCGUUCCUUGGGAGCGUUCCUUGGGAGCGUUCCUUGGGAUUGUUUCUAGGGAUUGUUCGUAGGGAGCGUUCGCAGGGAGAGUUCACAAGGAUUGUUCCUAGGGAGCGUUCCUUGGGAGCGUUCCUUGGGAUUGUUCCUAAGGAUCGUUCCUAGGGAUCGUUCCUAGGGAGAGUUCCUUGUAAAUUAAUGAUUGAGCUUCUAAAUAAUUUUAGCUCAAUAUUACAACCUCAAGGCUAGAAAACAAUCAGAAUCUUUAAAAACCAAAAACAUGACUUAAAUAAAAGCACUUUGGGUAAACGCUCAGCAUGAGUCUGGAACUGAGCCAUCGUGGCCACUAGGGGGCGCUGCAGACCUCUGAGCCCCUGUGGAGGUUCUUCUGCUCCAGUAAAUGUCACCGGUACCUGCACCGGAAGAGUCAAGAACCGGGUCCACUUUUGAAAAGUGACGAGGCAAAAACAGGAAAUUUUAACUAAAUAAAUAAAACUUUAGAGAAAAGGAACAAAAGACCAGCUGAUCGGGCAGCGCCGCAGUACCAGCUCUGGCCACACGGGGGCUUACAACUGUACUGUACACGGUUGACAUUUUAUUUUACAGUUUCAGCUUUUAAUUUGAAAUUGUCCUUCAUCUGACCACCUUGAUUCAGCGAGUGGCUGAAAGUGACUUUUCUCCAAAUGUUUUUUUACUUUCCACCAGAGACGUUUUUAAAGACUCCUCUGUUCUCCGGGGCCGUGAGCUCCUCCGUAACUUCCUGCCUGCGCUCAUCUGAAAGUCGUCUUCAAGGGGUUUUAUGAGGAAUAAGAGUGUUACAGUGUCGACCUCUGUCUUCGUCUCGCUCCUCUUCCUCGUCAGACAUCUCCAGCCCUGCUGCUACAACCGGCUCUCUGUUUUUGUACCUGCAGCCAGAGUUGGACUUUCUAUAAAAAUGAAUAAAUAAAAAAACAAUAAUCGUCCUGAAA